AUGCCCUCAAGUAUCACUCCGUACCGUGUGUUUAUCCUAGUGCUUCUGGGGAUCUCGAUAUGCCCCAUCAUCACCAAAACAGCCACAACAACAGUUCGCCGUAGGGCUAUUGGUACAUUCUGGACGACCAUAAGGAAUGCAUCGUCACCGUCGGCGCCACCAUCCAGUUUCGUGUCCGCAUCGUCCUCUUUCCUGUACCGCCCGACACUAGUGGUCGACCGGAGCAAGGUCGCCGGUGGUACGAUCGCCGACAAGGAACAGUUCCCCUAUCUGGUCGCCAUUUUGCUGAGUUUCGGUGAUGGUUCGGAAACACUGUGCGGUGGAUCGAUCCUCUCCGAGCGCUUCAUCCUGACGGCAGCCCACUGCCUGUACGGUAUGCAGGAAGCAACGAUCGUCGCAGGCCUUAACUCGAUCCCUCUACCGGUGGAUGGCGGAUCGAGUGGUGCUGUAACGAUCACCAUCAAACCAACCAACGUCAUCAUGCAUCCCGGGUACGAUCCGGUCGAUAUACUGAACGAUAUCGCACUGAUCCACCUACCGCUGCCACUACCCCUGCACUCACCACGUAUCCAGACGAUCCGAUUACCAGGCUGGAGCAACGCAUACACCGAUCUCACCGGGUACGACUCGAUCGUAUCCGGUUGGGGUAUCCAAUCGAACGAUGAUUUCGCCGAGGCAGGUGAUGAAGCACGGCUCGACCUUCGUUACGCCAACAAUGCGAUCGUACCGAAUGACAUCUGUCGUCGUGUUUACGGGACGCUGAUACGCAACCAACAAAUCUGCGUAUCGGGAGAAGGAGGACGUAAUCCGUGUCAGGGGGAUUCGGGUGGGCCACUGACGGUCGAGUUCGAUGGUGGGCAACGCCUAACGCAGGUCGGUAUCGUGUCGUACGGUUCGAUACGUGGUUGCGAGAAGGGCAUACCGGGGGUUUACACUCGCGUUUCGUCCUACAUGGAGUGGAUCGUCUACCAUGCGGGCAUCACUCCGUAA